GAGUCAAAUUCGAUCGAUAUUGAUUUGCAUUAUUUUGUUUAAUGCUUCCCGCAUUUUUCCUAUUUCUUGUAUUCAGAUAUAGGGGUAAACAUUUCCUAUAAAAGUCUUUACCAAUUUAACUUUUGGCAACAGAAAAAGUUUGAUCAUGAGACUGUUAACUAUUUUGGCUUUUGUUGGGCUUGUACUGAAUCUAGUCCUUGCUGAUGAUAGUCCAGGAUUCUUUUUGAAAAUAACCAAAAAUGUUCCACGUUUGGGCAAACGUAGCGAGAAUUUUGUUAUGAAAAAUAUACCACGUAUAGGACGUAGCAGCUUUAUUGGAGGGCAGCAGUCUUCUUCUGUGACUCCUCUGAUGGCCUGGCUAUGGGAUUUGGAUAUAGAGCCUGUAAAACGUCGCUAUCCCACAUCGGAUCAAAUCAAAGCCUUGGAAAGGGAACUGAAUGUGGUGCAACCUGUCAAUUCGAAUACUUUGAUUGAGCUGCUCGAUAAGAAUGCCAUACCCAGUGAGCAAGUGAAAUUCGUUCACUGGAAGGACUUUGAUCGUGCUCUACAAUCCGAUAUGGAUCUCUAUGCCAAGGUCAUUCAAUUGGGACGCCGGCCCGAUCAACGUUUGAAGGAAGAUCUCAAUCUUAAUAGCUAUAUACCCAUUUUUGGUACUAACAAUGAGCAGAAUGGUGACUUUAUAAUGUUGAAUAGCAAUGAUCGAGAUCUAUAUGGUAGUCGCAGUCGUUUCGAUCGCAACUUUAUGAAAUACAAUCAUUUGUAGGACAGUGUAAAUGUGAUUUUAUAUACCACAAAUGUCUCCUGAAAAUAAAUAACCACAGAUUCUACAUCUUCAAGUCCGGAAAAAGACACAAAGCAAAU